AUGGCAGGCUUGAUCGCCAUGGUAGCAGCGCUUUCCGUCGUUGCGCUCGAGUCCUACCUAGCCACCCGCGGAGCCGGCCAUUCUCACUCACAUUCGCACGAGUACGAGUACUGGGACGAAGAGGAUAGCGGCCACUCCCCAGCAAGUGCGCAUGCCGCAGGAAGCUUGGCGUCGCACAGGCACGGCUCCCACCGCCCAGAGGAUAUCACCCUCGACAAUAUGGACUCAGCUCAGGGACUGAUGGCGGGGGCAUCGCCUUUGCCCAGCUCGACACCGACGCGUGCGAAAGCGAGCGGUAAACUCACCAACGGCCGUGAAAGCUUUGAUGACGAUGAAUCGGACAUUGAUCUCGACGUAAGUGAGCUGGACCCAGCCUCCGCAGACGAGCCCAGACGUCGAAGCUCGCAUAUCACUCGCCCAAAGAUUACCGUGACCACCGGCGCACCGCAGAUCGUCACGGAAGAGGAGCAGAGCAAGCUCCUCCGCCAAUGUCUCCUGCUGGAAGGAGGCAUCCUCUUCCACAGCGUCUUCAUCGGCAUGGCUAUUUCGGUAGCGACAGGUCCUACCUUUAUCGUCUUCCUCAUCGCCAUCAGCUUUCACCAGACGUUCGAGGGGCUCGCUUUGGGUAGCCGAAUUGCCGCUAUCCAGCUACCGCGCUCAUCGGCCCGGCCAUGGCUCAUGGUUCUCGCGUUCGGAGGCACGACGCCGCUCGGCCAGCUCAUUGGUCUCAUCGUGCAUAACCUCUACGACCCCCUAAGCCAGACUGGGUUGUUGAUGGUCGGAUUCAUGAACGCCAUCUCGGCUGGUUUACUUCUCUUUGCCGGACUGGUCCAGCUACUAGCUGAAGACUUUCUUUCCGAGAAGAGCUACAAAAUUCUGCAGGGACGGAAACGGCUGAAUGCCUACAUGGCCGUGAUUGGUGGAGCAUCACUUAUGGCCAUCGUUGGGGCGUUUGCCUAG